GCCGCCGCCGCCGCCGUCGUCGUCGUCGUCGUCGUCGUCGUCGCCGUGGUCCGCCGUCGGAUGGUACCGGUUUGAAGAGCGAGUCGCGUUUCAGGAUCAGCUUUUCGCCGUUCGAGUAGAGACUCUCGCUCGGUCAUCGUCAGUGUGUCGCGUGACCUGUAAACUUUUACAAAUCUCUUUUGGCUUUUGCCCCGUGUUCGUUCGACAGGCGCGCGUUCUCGUGCAGCAAAAUUUACACGGAUCGGUCGAAGGAGACGUGCUUUUUCUCGGCGGUGCGCUCUACCGAUUUCGUUUUUUCCGGAACAUCCUUUUCUUCCCACGAGACGAGAACUCGUUCACGCAACGGCGUGUUCACAACUUCUCUCCCUUCGUUUUCCCAUUUUCUUCUCUCGCUCUCUUUCUCUCUUUUUCGUGAGUUCCGAGUUACCCUUUGAUUCCCUGUCUUUCCUCUCUAUCCGGUUCUCCCUUCACCACCCACACCUUUGUGCGUCUCUCCAUCCUUCUACGUUCUUCCGCCGCCGCCGCCGUCGCCGCCGUAAGUGUGUUCGCGCGCGCGCGCGUUCACCGUUUUUCCGUCGCGCUCCGCUUCGUACUUGCUUCGCCUGUGAGUGUCUAUCGAGAGAACUCACGACGCUCGCUCGUUGGUAACUUUCGAGCGAAGUCCUCCGUAAAGCGGAAAGACGGGACGGAUUAGAAACCUUUGUCGUGUCAAAGUUGACGCAAUUAUGGCGCGUAAGGAGGAACGAUGGUGCUACUUUGAUGGUGUAAAAGGACAUCGAAGGUCGACGUGGAUCUCCCUGCUAUUAGUUGUCCUAUGCGCUCUCCUGGCUGGAUCCUUGGCGGUCGCCGAGCACGUCGACUCUUACUACAGUUAUGCCGGGUGGAAUGGCAAGUCGUCAUUUGAUCAUUACAUUUCGAAUAUCAGACUGAUCGAUGGUAAGAAUGUAGAGAGGGUACGUCGAGAGAUGCCUGAAAAAUUGGUGAUGACGACUGAAAAAGAAAUAUCUAAGAAUCAACCACCAGCACAGCCGCAACCACAGCAGCAGCAGCAACCACAGCAGCAACAGGAGCAACUGAAGCAGCAGCAACCGCAACAGCAACAGCAGCAGCCGCAACAAGCGUCAGCAACACAAUCGAUGUCAAACACAACCAACGCAUCCGCCGACGUAACGUAUUCUACAGUUUAUUCGACCAGCGAAGCCACCACCAUCACCUCCACUGUUCGGCCAUCUGAUCCUAUUUCCAGCUCCAAGCCGGAUUCUUCAAAAAAGAAAACGUCGCAGAUAGUAAAUCCUGCAACCGAUACGGCAACAUUACACAUAUGGACAAAUCGCACUCUGACAAAUCGCAAUAUAACCGGUACUAGCAAGGAGCAGCAGCCGGAAUCAUCGGCGGUGAAGGACACAACAGAAGAUGUCAUGAAAUCCGACGACAGCGAUAUUUCCUUUAACAAAUUUUCCGAUGUGACUAACGCCACGCUUACACAAAACAACAUCACUAAAACGAUGUACGACUCGCAUCAGUAUUAUAACAGCACUUUUAUCGUCGAUACCGAUAUCUGCAAAAAAUAUUGGGUCGACAUGGACAAUCAUCCGGAUCUUAGAGUCAAUCAUCUACUUAGCCAGAGCCAUCGACGCGCCGCGACCGUUAAGUUGAAGUUUGAUUUCCCAUUCUACGGCUAUAAUGUGCGCAAUAUUACUAUCGCUACGGGAGGUUUUCUAUACACCGGUGACUACGUACACAGUUGGCUGGCCGCCACCCAGUACAUUGCACCGCUCAUGGCAAAUUUCGAUACCCGCCUGUCGAACGCCAGUUACGUCAAAUACGCUGACAAUGGUACGGCGUUUACGGUGGAAUGGGAGAAGGUUGUACUACAGGACAGGCCAAGAGCCGGCGCGUUCACUUUCCAAGUGACCUUGCAUCAAAACGGAGAUAUCGUAUUCGUCUACUCAGUGAUACCGGUCCUGGUUGAAAAAAUCGCAGACACAAUGCAUCCCGUCAAAGUGGGCCUCAGUGAUGCCUACAUUAUGGACCGAACUGUGUUCUUUGUACGCCGGAAAACCAUUUACGAAUAUCACCGUGUCAACUUCAAUCGGCAGGAUAUAAUGAACUGUACGGUCAUUUACCUGAAAGCAUUACCUACAUGCCUCAAUUCCGACAACUGCAUGGAUUGUCUGACAAAGGUGCCUGACUUCGAUUGUAAGUGGUGCUCGGAACUGAAUAAAUGCAGCACCGGCACGUCCCGACAGCGACAAGAGUGGUUAUCAAAGGGUUGCGACGUUCAUAAUAUCAAGGAGAUAAACAAUUGUCCAGCGCAAAUUACAACCUACAGAGGUGAUCAAUAUGAUCAUGAUGGUCACGUGCAUCCAGAAGAGAUCGCCACCAAUGAGAUGGGCGUAAAAAAAGAAUGGUCUGGCAAUACUUUGGAAAGUCCUAAUUCGAACAAGGUGAAUAUGGGCGUUUCAGGAAUAAUUGGUAUUCUCACAGUUAUCGCUUUAGUGGUAGGUCUCGCGGGUUGGGGUGUAUACGCUUAUCGUAACCCUCACAGCGCAUCGGGACAAAUGCUAAUAAGGUAUCGUCCGAGCCAAUGGAGCUGGCGAAGAGGCGAAGCCCGUUACACAGCCGCGACUAUUCACAUGUGAUGAAGUGUCGAGAUCCAGUCACAGUCAAUGCGAAACUGUCGAGUAAAUUUCCUAUUAAUUGUAAUCGAACAUGUCGAGUAAAUCUGCAAAAUGCGAUGCAGAAUGUCUACUCAUGAUGACCCGUUGCUCGUCAGGUUUGCACUCAAUCGCGUCAACACGAAAAAUCGCUUUUCUCAUGCAACGAAUUCCACGCGGAAUCGAUUAAUUGACAAGCGACCAUAUAUUGAACAUAUCGUGGUAUUUAAACGAUUUUAUUAUCUAUCGUAUAUAAGUAUUUUAAUGAUAUACGAGACAAAUUGCUUAUAGUUGACAAUAAGAUUAGCUUAGAAAAAAAUCUAUUCCGCUGGAAAUUAUAAAACUUCUAUUUACUUAUGACGAGUUUACGAAUAAUCGCUAUCAAUUCGGUAUAACAACAAACAUGUACAUAUAAAUUCAUUCUUACAAAUGGAAAGACCACUCGAUUGUAUCAAACAGAGAAGGUUUUGGAGACAUUGUGAACCGUAUCGUUUGCGACACGUCUUCAAAACAAUGGUUAACAAUCGGUACAAUUUCGUUGAAUUUAUUUAGAUAUUAAACCCGUACAGAAUUAUUAGUCUUAUGCUUAUUCGUGAAUAGAUGAAAGUGCGAUGUUCGAUACAAGAUCCUUUCUCGCAUGACAUUGGAAAUCGUACUCGGCGAAAUGACACCGGUAUUAAAUAAUGCUUUGAAACACGACCGAUGAUACAAACUGUGGACACGAGAACGAUAUUGUUCUGACCAACGCUCUGGAGAAUACGUUCAUGGUUUCUCGCAAUGUCGGAAGAAAAUGAUCAUCAAUAUCGAGACACGACGACGACCGGCAACGCCGAGCAUUUAUGUGAUUCUUAGCAGCACGUGGUAUACCUUGUUAUUGUUUGAGAAUUCGUUUUCUUUUUUUUUAUCGUUAGAUAAAUUGAAGUAAUUAUUUUAUAUAUACGUAAUAUUCACGGUAAGAAGAGAGCAAUGUUUUAAAAAAAGAAAGAAAAGAAAGAGAAAGAAUUAAAAAUAAAUUGAAAAUUUCGAUCUAGCGUAGUGAAAUUUGAUGGACUUAUGCUACAGUUCGGUAGGCUAUUCGACCAGUCAACAAAGAAAGAGAAAGAGAGAAAGAGAGGAAAAUAUUUAUAAAUUAUUUAUGCUUUAGCUUACAUCGUUCAAAAAUGCAUCUUAGAAUCAUUAUUGUUGUCACAUUCCAAAGCAUGUAUGUUUCUUGAAAGUGAAUUAUAAAGCCAUGUACGAACUGUAGUAUUAUUGUCCCAAAUUAUCACACAAAA